UUUUUUUCACAAAAGAUCUCUUUUUCCCUCUUUCGUGAUCUUCGAUCUCCGUUCUUUUUCCCUUUUGGGUUUACCAUAUAAUCUUCGCAAUUGAAUCAAAGUGAGAAAACAGUUAUCGAGCGGCGUCGUAAUGGAAGCACACGGCGCCGGACUCCGGCGAGUUUUGGUGUUGGCAUUUUGUGUUGCCGGGAUUUGGUCUGCCUAUAUUUACCAAGGCUUUCUUCAGGAAACUCUGUCCACCAAGCGAUUUGGUUCCGACGGGAAGAGGUUUGAGCAUCUUGCAUUUCUUAACUUGGCGCAAAAUGUGGUCUGCUUAGUUUGGUCUUACAUAAUGAUAAAGCUUUGGUCCAGUAGAAGCAAUGGUGGUGCUCCCUUGUGGACUUAUUGGAGUGCUGGAAUCACAAAUACAAUUGGUCCGGCCAUGGGUAUAGAAGCAUUGAAGUACAUCAGCUACCCGGCUCAGGUGUUGGCCAAGUCCUCAAAAAUGAUUCCUGUCAUGCUGAUGGGCACUCUAGUUUAUGGUAUUCGAUACACUUUCCCUGAGUAUAUCUGUACUUUCCUUGUGGCUGGAGGAGUAUCUGCUUUUGCACUUAUGAAGACUAGCUCUAAAACAAUUAGCAAGUUGGCACACCCCAAUGCACCCCUUGGAUAUGGGCUCUGUUUUCUGAACCUUGCAUUUGAUGGCUUUACAAACGCUACGCAGGAUUCAAUAACUGCAAGGUAUCCAAAGACAAGUGCUUGGGAAAUCAUGUUGGGAAUGAAUCUAUGGGGCACCAUAUACAACAUGAUUUACAUGUUUGGCUGGCCGCAUGGUAGUGGUUUCGAGGCAGUCCAGUUUUGCAAGCAGCAUCCAGAAGCUGCUUGGGAUAUUCUCCUCUAUUGCCUCUGCGGUGCUGUUGGCCAAAAUUUCAUCUUCCUUACCAUAAGUCGAUUUGGCUCCUUGGCAAACACAACCAUCACCACCACACGCAAAUUUGUCAGUAUCGUGGUGUCUUCUCUGCUGAGUGGCAAUCCACUGUCCCCAAAGCAAUGGGGUUGUGUACUAAUGGUCUUCUCUGGGUUGUCAUACCAAAUCUACCUCAAGUGGAGGAAGCUGCAGAGGCUGCCGAAAAAGAAAAAGACCUAAAGGAGGCCCUCUUUUGACAGUUUUGAACUUUACGAACUCUCAUCUUUUCCCUAUUGUAUUUUUUUAACCGUCCCUACGGUAUACUAUCAUUGCAGCCCUAAGGUUCAAUGGUAUCCCAAUUUUAAGACAAUACUUAGAAAUUGGUAGAUGUAAUUAAAAAGAUCUUCAUCUGUAUUUGUCAACUUAUCAUAUCAAGGUUUAUGAAAGAAGGCUUUAGUUACAUCGAAA